AACACCAAUCAUGGACGUCGUUGCUUGAGUUUUCGGCGUUUUGAUGAAGAUAAAAAUGUAUAAUUAACUAAAAACCCCAUUUCUUUUAACAUUUUAGUGUAUAGAAAAUGGUAACGAUUGUUGACGAUCUAGACUCUUUAACUUUGCAAGAGCCUAUUUUCAAAGAUGUCAAAUAUUACCUGUCUGGCGAUGUCUCGGAAAGGGUAUUGCAACUUCUGCAGUCGGGCGGCGCUGAGAGUACAAAGUAUUUCUCAGACUAUGUAACUCAUCUUAUUUGUGGGCCAAACGCUGAAGAUACAGACCUCGACGAUGCUCAGGAUAUCUACCAAAUACCGGCAGUGACUGAGAACUGGGUGUUUGCCUGCGCGAGGUUGAAGAAAUUGGCUUGCACCAAGCCAUACAUACCCAAUAAAAACAAGAUAUUCUUGAAUGUUGUUGCUUGUGUGUCUAAAGUGAGUGCGGCCGACGCCAAAUCAUUGUUCGCGCUUAUUACGUUUCACGGAGGUAAAGUAAAGUUAAACCUGGACACUCAGUGCACUCAUUUGAUCUGUGGCUCAGCAUCAGGCAGUAAAUACAGUGCUGCUCUUAGCUUACCUGUGAAUAAAAUUAAAAUUGUUACUCCUGAUUGGGUUCUAGAAAGCUUAAAAGCUAGAAUACAAGCUGUAGCUGAAGUGUUUCAUCCGAAACUGUUGAUUGUUCCCCAACCGCCACCGAAACCAAUGGAUCGUAUCAGUGCUAUCACUGGAUUUGAUUUUGAAGAAGGCAUUGCUAAAAACGAGGUACCCACACAAAAUAUGACAGAGAGCAAAGAUGACAGUACACAAGCACUACUUGAUAAACUAAAACAAAGGAUGCCUUGGAAUCAUCCACCAUCAUCGGCAAAUUCAUCAUCAGUAGGUACAUCCAGUGUAACAUCUAUGGGUUUCACAACCACACCAUUACCCACUUCAAGCAUCAUGAGUAAAUCAUUACCACAAGGCAUUGUUACACAGAAUAUUCAGAUACAGAGUACACAAGCAAAUGCGCAACUCAUGCAGAAGUUUGGUCAAAAUACUAUAGUAUCGCAACCAAGUAUGAACAUACAAACACAACAAGUCAACUUGCAACAACAACAACAAUACCAAGGACAGCAACAACAACAAUCCCAGCCGCAUGGCUUGACUGCAAUACAAAUCCAACAACAGAAAAUAAUGCAACAGCAUCAACUCAAAAUGCAAAUGUUACAGCAGCAACAACAGCAGAACAAGCUGAACAACCAACAAAACCAACAGAGCUUCCAACCCAAUGUGUCUGUUUCUCAAAUCAAUCAAGGACUGUCCAAUCAAAUUCAACAGCACAUUCAAAGUAGCCAACAUCACAUACAGCAAAAUAUCCAAACACCCACAUCUAUGAGUUCUGCGCAGCAACAAAUUGAAAACAUAAGCCAAAUGCUAAGUCAGAGUGCUAAUAAUCUGCAACAGGCACAAUUGAAUCAACAGAAUUUGGCAAUGAAGCAAAGCUUAGGUUUGAGCCAACAGAGUGCUUCACAAGCUGUACAAAAUAUUGCCCAACAGUUAGCUCAGUCCACUCAGAAUCUCCAACAAAGUCUGCAAAAUGCUAAAUUGAAUCAAAGCUUAGGCCAAGGUCAAGUAAUUAGUCAGCAACUUUUGAGUAGUGGACAACAAUUAUCUAAUCAAAAUCAAAAUUUGCUCCAACAGCAGACUGUGCAGUCAUUGACAAAUCAACAACAAAAUAUCAACAUGGGAGUUGUCAACCAACAAGGUCUUGUUACAUCAUCACAGGGACAAACUGGGCAAGGUGUGCAACUUAAUCAAUUGGUAGGCAAUUCUGGUCAACAAUCUGUAAUAAGUCAACAGAUUCAACAGGUGCAACAGACCAUACAGGGUCAACAAAAUUCAAAUGUUCCAGUACAGGGGGCUUGGAGGCAACAAAAUAUACAAAUGGUCCAGAAUGUACAAGGUCAACAUCAGAUAAUUAGAAGUCCUCUAGUACAGACCAGAAACCCACAGAGUCAAGUUAUAUUACAGCAACAAAUAAUGCAAACCCAGCAGCAAGCCCUGAUAAAUAACCAACAACCACAGUCCAGUCCACAGCAUUCAAUUCAGCAGACAUCUCAACAAAUUCUUCAGCAAUCUAUUGGUUCACAAGGACAGGGUAUAAGUCAGACCCAUCAUCAAAUUUUGGUACAGAAACAACAGCUUUUGAAUAGCUCUGGGCAGCAGCAGAUAGUGCAAGCACCUCAGCAAGUGCUGAUAAAUCAGCAUCCUGGCCAACAGCAGAUUUUAGUGCAUGGCAAUCAACAAGUGACCCUGCAAGGUGGUCAACAAAUUGUAUCUCAAAACCAAAUCGUUCAUCAGGGGGGUCAGAUUGUUAACCAAGGGGGCCAACAAAUCAUAACUCAAGGUGCACAACAAGUGCUGUCACAGGGUGGUCAACAUGUGAUCACACAACAAGGGCAACAGCAAGUUGUCAUUGCACAGUCAUCUCAACAGAUUGUAACACAGUCAGGGCAGCAAAUCAUUGGUCAGACUGUAGGACAGACACAGCAAGUGUUGUCACAGGUGCCUCAGUCGCCACAGCCUGGUACUCAGUUAACUUCAGGGGGUGGGAUCCAGCAGAUCAUCACACAUGGUGGGGGCCAACAGAUUGUUUCACCUGGAGGACAACAGAUAGUGCAAGGAGGGCAAAAUGUCUCUUGGCAACAGCAGCAGUACUUGCAACAGAGACAGCAGAUAGCUCAACCUGCAGCAGUUGGUCCUAGGGUGUCAUGGUCAGGCGGCGGCCGUCAGUUGAUCCACCUAGACGCUCAGACGCACGCGCAGCUCCAGCAGAUGGAUCCCCAGCAGCGCGCCAUGUUCGUCGCACAGCUGCAGAAGAGGCGACAGCUAUCAAUACAACGAGCAGCUGCUUUAGCGCAACAGCAGCAACCGGGUGUGGUAGCUGGUUCCCCUGGGACGCCGACUCCGACUGGCGCCCCACAAAGUGUUACCUUCAUCAGAAGCCAACUGCCGCCUGGACUGACGCAGCAGCAACAGGUGCAAUGGCUACAGCAGCAAGGUGCUAGGGCGACGACUAUACCAGCUGCGGUGCCCGCGCAACCUCCACAGUCCCCUGUAGGUGGUGCAGUGGUGGCUAGCGCAGCGGGCGGGGGUGGGGCCGGGGUCGGUGCUGGUGCGGGUGGUGUAGGCGGUGCUGCUGUCGACGCGCAACUGCAGCAGCUGCAGCUACAACGCCAGCAGCAGUACCAGCGGCUGCAGCAGCUGCAGGCACAGCGCGACCACGUGGCGCACCAUCACGCAGCCGUCAAACAGGUGGCCCCAGGGGUGGGCGUGGGAGUGGGAGUGACUCAACACGUGGUGGGGGCUGCUAUAGCGGAGCCACAAGUCGAUGCUCUGCUCACACCCACUGGGCAAGACCAACAAGCAGGAGCAGGCGGUGCUUUACUAGUGAAUCAUAAGACGAAGACUGCGCUCGCGAACAUGCUCAGUAUUCGCUUGCAAGGUUCCGCGCCUCCCACUGAACACGAACCUUCCGCUGCCGGCACUUUAAGGUUGAUGACAGCAGCGCACGCGGCGGGCGGCGCCGUCCGCGCCCCUGCCCGACUGUUGCUCGGGCCCGCUCACCACGCGCAUCAGCCUGCAGCGACUGGCGUAGUCGGCAAUAAAGUAUAUGCGGGUGCGGUGAGAGCCCCUCCACCUCGAGCACAAUUCUAUGGACACAAUCCCAACCUGAAGCUACCUCCAGAUCUGUUUCUACUGGGAUGCGUCUUCCAUAUCGUGGAAUACCAGCAGUCUUGGGGCACUGACCGCGUGUCCCGAUGGGCUGAAGCCAUACAGCGACGCGGCGGCGAAGUGGAAGCCGGAUAUUGUGCCAGAGUCACUCACGUACUGUGCGAGACUCAGAAACAUGGCGUAGUUAUGCAGGCCCUCCGUGACGCGAAACGUUGCGUGACAGCGUACUGGCUGUCCGACGCCAUGUUGCGUCGCGGCGUCGCUCCCCCUUGGCAAGCUUUGCAUCUGCCAAGUAUGUACGCUGCCAGAGAUCGACCCGCCAAACACCAUCGCGCCGCCAUAUCCGGUUGGCGGGAUGAGGAGAGGGAUAGAAUCACGUUUUGUAUAGAACACAUCGGUGCUAAGUUGACGCCAUACAUGACUCGCGACAACACCGUACUCAUCUGCAAACGAGCGGAGGGCAACAAGUACCGACGCGCCCGCGAGUGGGGAAUCCCCGUGGUGACGGCCGCGUGGCUCACCGACCUGUUGCUAGGCAACAUGAGCGCUCUGUCACAAAUUGAAAACGCCAAAUACCAACAAUUUAACUUAACCAGUCCGUUCAGGAUGGACUACAGUCUGGUGUCGCAUUUGAUGAACGCUUGGAAGAUGCCCAUAAACAUAACUCAAGAAUCGAACGAGCGUGCGAAACGCAGCGCCGCGUCCGCACCGCGGCGUGCGAAACGCCCGCGGCUCUCACCCGCGCCACCUCUACCUACCAACCUGCAUAAUGCCCCGCCACCACCACCGCCGCCAUUACAUCUGGCGCCGAGGGUCUUACUAUCAGCAGUACCGAAGGCUGAUCACGCCCGGCUAGCGGCUAUAGUCAGACAACUGGGCGGGUUAGUCGUUACAUCCGCAGCGGAAGCGACGCACCUCGUAAUGGAAAAACUCGUUAGAACCAGCAAGUUGGUAGCGUGUUUAGUGACCGCAAAGCAUUUAGUCUCCACAGAAUGGCUAAUAGACAGCCAGAGGCUAAACAAGUUCGCAGAUGAGGCUAAACACGAGUUACGCGACGAAGCUUUCAACAAAAUGUUCAACUGCGACAUAUCUGAAGUAUUACUCUCCGGAGAACAGAGAAAGAGACUGUUCGAUGGGAUAACGUUCUUCCUCACGCCCUGCGUGAAACCUUCACGGUCCGCGCUCACAGAAAUGAUAGAACUGUGCGGUGGUAAAGUCGAAAAGAACCGUCGCUCCUACGUUUCCAUACAAGAAAUGCAUAACCAGAAACCGUACAGUUAUCUAGUACUAACAGUGCCCAACGACCUACAUCUCGUUUACUAUCUUCUACAAUCGGAGAAAACUCUCAAUGUAGUGUGCAGUACUGAGGUGGUGCUAUCCGCUAUUAUGCGACAGAAACUGGAAGUAGAAGAGUUCUUGGUGAAAAUAGAUUAAUCAAAUGUUAUUUUAUAAAUUUUUAUUGUUGUGCAUGAAUGAAUUUUUAAUAGAUUUUUUUAAUUGGUGAUUUUUUUCAAUGGAGUAUUGUAAUUUUAUAUACUUAUAGAUUUAUUAUUCUGAAUUGUCAUUUUGAAUGGAGUUGUAUAUAUUUUUAAUGUAAUUUAAUAUUUGAGAUGAGAUAUUUGCAAUGGAUUUUUAUUGUAUUAAGGUUCAGAAGUGCAUGAAACCAACUAGGCCUUUGUACUGAAUGUACUAUAAUUAAUAUUUCUUUAAAAAAUCGAUCAGCUUCGAAUGGAACAAUAGAAAAAUAUUAUUGGUGUAAAUGUCAAUAUCACGUACAAAGGCGAAGGUAAAAUUUUUAUAUGUAAAUAAUAGAAUAAAAUGACAUUCUAAUGCGUUGUAAGAUUUUUUAUGUAUUUGACAUUUUAUCGUUAUUUGUAAUUCGUAUUCAUGUAAUUUAUUUUAAAUGAUUUAUUUUUCCUUCUCAUAUUUUUAAAACUUUUUUAUUUAUUAAAUUUUUUUGGGUUCUUAUUCCAAAGAAUGAUGCCUUACGUGUACAGUAUGCGGCAAAUAAUUUAAUUAAAACCCCAUAAAAAAUUUAAAGUUUCUUCAAAAACUGAAAUUUCGCAUGCAUAUUGUACUUAGGUUUUGAAAUGUUUGAUCCACUGUUACAUUGUGUUAUAAAAUGUUGUCAUAAUACAGAUUCAUGAAAUAUUUGUUGUUAAUUGUAACAUAUAUCUUGAUUAUUAUUAUAAUCAUACCAUUUCUAGUAAUUUUUAUGGUUCAUGAAAUAUUUGUAAUUUGAUUUUGAAUGAUUUUUUAUGCUAACUUCCUUUGUUAUCUUGGGAGUUGUUUUUUUAACUACCACGAAUAUUAAUUUACCAAUCUCUUUGUUCUGAUAUGUUUUUAAAUUGUUUCAUGAAUUCCUGAUUUUUCCGUUUUUUAUUACAAAAGUAGUUUUAUGAUGUUUCCGAAUGGCGAAAUGAAUUUCCGUAUUAUUUUAUAGUUUGAAACAAAUGGAUUCUGUUUUACGCUAUUGUAUAUAUAGAAGACCUAAUUCGUAAGACAGGUUGGACCAUGUAAAAAGAGAAUGAAAUUGAUUAUACGAA